AAUAAAUAAAGCAUUAGAUGGUGGAUAUUGCAGACCUUCCAUCCAUGCUUAACUUAAGAGAGAAACUCAAGAGAGAAAGAGAAAGAGGUUUAAGGGAAGCUUUAGGUCUACCAACUGGUGGUUAGAGAUUGGCACUCCAUAACCAAACACCAUCAACAGCAACAAAGAAUCAACCAAGUCAAGCAACAAAUAAUAACAACAAACAACAGCAACAGCUAAGACAAGAUACAUAGCUUCCUUUUCCCUUUAUUUACAAUUGAUUAAUUUCCCCCUACAAAGGUUGGAGAAAGGGAUGUUUUAGAAAUAAAUAAAAUACUAGUAGUAUCAAUUUUUUUUAAUCAAGAUUUGAUUUUUGUUUUUAUUUUUCUGGUGUUUGGUGUGGGGUUUGUUCUGAAUAGUAAUAUAGAGCUCCCUUUUUUACAUGAUAGAUAUAGAGAGAUACAAAACGACUCAAAAAUAAAAAUAAUUUGGUGUAUGCAAGUCUCACGUGGGAAUAGAUAAAAAGAGUAGAUGAUGAACGAACUUAUGCAAGAAUAGUUAUCAUAAAGGUGAAAGCAAAGAUUUAAAGGGGUGAUAAUGUUCUUGUACUUUCAACUUUGAAAUUCUUGCAACUCUACUAUAUACUAGACAGGAGAAAAAGAUAAAAUAAAAAGUUUCUGUCCUUUUCUUUUAUUCUUUUUCAUUUGGGAUUUAAUUGUUCUUGCCUCUUUCUUCCUCCUUCCUUCUUGAUUCUUUUUUUAGAGAGAGAGAGGGAGGGAAAGAUGGAGGUGAUAGUGUUGGAGUAUUGGGAUCUGUUUGUUUGCAGUGAAGAAAUGUUUUUUUAGACAGAUCGUGGAGCUGCUGUUCCCCAUAAGCAACGCAGCUUAUGCUGAAUUUCAGAGCUAUUUGAUAUCUCUCUCUAGCUACACUUAAAAAAGAGAGAUUGUGAAGAGUCUAAACUGAAAUCCCACAAGGGAAGAGAGAAGGGCCAAGAAUAGAAUACAUGGGAACCUAUUUUCCUAUGUCAAACAAUCAAAGAGAUGCUGCAUCAAUGCUCUACUCCAAGGAUCCUGCCCCUGCUUCUCACUCAUCAACGCCGAUUCUCACCGGAAACACCAUCAUGUACAUGAAUUUCCCGCCCUCGUCCGAGCCCUUCUCUGAUGCAAUAGCCAGCAGCUGUAUGGAUGCUCCACCCGUCGCCUCAAACUCAAACACCUCGUCUCAGGAGGUUCUCCUCAACUUUGGGGGCUCACGGGCGUUGGAGAGCCAGCUAAACACGUGGAAGGACAGGAGGAACGAGAUGCUCAUGAUGCAUCAAGCAGGGGGGAGCAGCUCUUGUGUCCUUCAAGGCGGCCCGAGCAUGCAGGGGCAGGGGCUGUCGCUUAGCCUCAGCACGCACGUCCCCUUGCACGUCCCAUACCAGAACGAGGGCGCUGAUUUCUCCUCGAUGCUGGGGUCUAAUGCAUUGAUGCAGGGUGAAGACAGGGGGAGGAACACAUCUUUUGAGAAUGAAGAUAAUAGCUUUGCUGCUGGCUUCGCGGGGGGUAAUAAUGGGGAUGGAGCGAGUGACAUGUCCUCGUAUGGAAUGCCGAGUAUUGCAAGAGCUGUUCCUAACUCCAAGUACUUGAGAGCUGCUCAGGAGCUGCUGGAUGAAGUUGUGAAUGUGAAGAAAGCCAUCAAGGAGCAGAAUGCUCGGAAAGAGUUGAGGAGAGAGGGUGAAGGGGAGUUGAAAGAUGGAGGGUCGGACCCUUCGUUUUCAGCCAUGCCUAAGGAGAAUGGGGCCUCCCGUGUCGAGAUUUCAGCAGCCGAGAAGCAGGAGUUGCAAAAUAAACUGACUAAGCUUCUCACAAUGUUAGAUGAGGUUGACAGGAGAUACAGACAGUAUUACCAUCAGAUGCAGAUUGUGGUGUCUUCGUUCGAUGUAAUAGCAGGAUCCGGAGCAGCCAAACCUUACACUGCACUCGCGCUUCAGACCAUUUCCCGUCACUUCCGCUGCCUACAUGAUGCUAUAAACGGGCAGAUUCAAGUAGCACGAAGGAGCCUCGGAGAGGAGGAUGCUUCCUCAAACGAGAGGGGGGUUGGGAUAUCCCGACUGCGCUAUGUGGAUCAGCAUCUCCGGCAGCAGAGAGCCCUGCAGCAGCUCGGCAUGAUGCAGCAGCACACGUGGAGGCCACAGAGGGGACUGCCUGAGUCCUCUGUUUCCAUCUUGAGAGCUUGGCUUUUCGAACACUUUCUCCAUCCCUACCCGAAAGAUUCGGAGAAGAUCAUGCUGGCGAGGCAGACUGGAUUGACAAGAAGUCAGGUCUCAAACUGGUUCAUCAACGCUCGAGUGCGUCUCUGGAAGCCGAUGGUCGAGGAGAUGUACAAAGAGGAGACAGGCGACGCUGAUGUUGACUCCAACUCCUCAUCCGAGACAAACCCACGAGCCUCGAAGCCCGGUGCAAAGGCCUCCGAAGACAAAGCAGAGGAUCUGCAGCAUGGCACGGCUUCCGCAAGGCAGCAGCUCAUGGAGCCGAAGGGCGUUGAGAUGAACGACGUGGAGAUGAUGGGGUUGGACGCCAAUUCCAUCUUCCAGAGCGAGUACGGAGUAGGGAAGGGCGAGAAGGCCGAGCACGAGACAGGCCUCUUCCUAGACGCAGUAGCGGAAUCAAGCUGUGGGAGUGAGAGGUUCAUGGGUGCCGGUUACCAUAUAUCGGAGCUCGAGAGAUUCAGUAGUGUUGGUGGAGGAGUUUCACUCACUCUAGGGUUGCAGCAGUGUGAGGGUGGUGGUAGGAUGACUAUGCCUAAUAGCAAUCACAAUGCAUUCAUUCCACUCAGAGAAACUGAUGUAUAUAACACAGCAGCUUCGGCUAUGGGGGGUGACCCUGCAGAUUUUGAGUGCAUGGAUUCCGGUGGCCGGCAGCAUCGGCUCGUCUCGUCGUUGCUACCUUCUUUUACCUGACUCUGCCCGGAGAUGAUUCCGGGCAAAGUUCGAGGGGGUGGAUCUUGAUAUUUUGGGAAGAAGGUCUAACCAGGUUUUAUCUCCUGUUUUGUGAAUCCAUUGUAGGAAGAAAAAUUGGUUGAAGGGUUUAUUUGUAAAGAAUUUACUGUGUUUGGUCUGUGUAGAAACCAGAAUACGAUGAUUUUGUUGUAUCAAGGAAAUAAGGUUAACUGUUGCAUCCCACGAAAAGAGAGAGAGAUUUUAAGGUUGUAACUUUUUUAGUACAGAAUUGACAUGUUAUAGUGGAACUUCAUUAGUUGUACUACAAUAUACUACAACUGAUCUCAUUGUUUUUCUUUUUUUAA